GUUUGCACACUUCACCUCCACCAUGCCCGGACCAGAGACCUGCAGAUGAGGGCCUGCAGUAACCCACAGGUCUCCAUCAUCCACCAAGAAUCAUCAUUGAGCUCUGGGUGUUGAGGUUCUCCUCUACCUCUGCCAAAAACUUCCGUUGGACAAAUGGGUCUUGGGAACGAGAUCAUGAUCAACUAGUAACACCAACAUCAUUGGAGACUCAGAUGGUCAGCAAAAGGAAGACCUGGAUGCCGCUGAUCGUAACAUGCCUCUGUGUGGUGCUACUGUCUGUGCUGGGAGAAAUGAAGAGAAAACAUGGCAAAGGUGAAGACUUACUUGAGGAGUGCUGGGGAGAGCCGAAAGUUGCAGACUGCACCAGAAAGUGCUCUAGAAACUUUAAAUGUGAAAACAGAAAUUACAGCUGCUGCUGGACCUACUGUGGAAACAUCUGUUGGAAAAAUAAAGUGAGUUGGGAGACACGUGCUUGGGUGGGUGUCCUCACUGACUCUCAUCCUCUUCUUAGAGGCUAUUACUCCUAAACAGAGGACUGCAGCACCCCAAC